AUGUCACAACUCUGUGGAGAAGAGUUCCAUGUCUCCCUCCGAGCCGUCGCCGCCUACGUGGAUCUUAGCCAAGCCGCCCGACACGUGGGCGCUCGAUCCUGCCUCCGAGCCACCAGCCUUGCCGAGAAAGCUAUUGCUACCGUUGCUGAUGCGGAGCCGAUUGACGGCGAGAUUCAGCGGGACCGUCAGGUCUUCGCUCUUGGGCUCGACAACGUUGAUUGGCGACAGCGUUCAAGCAGGGUCCUCGUCCGGGCAAGCAAGGUUUGA